AUGCAGGAUGCCAAUAUAUGUACUCAUUGCCAACUGGCUGAAAAUCCAGAUGCAUCAUUUUGGGUGAAAUGUGACAGUUGCCCGCAGUGGGUGCACGUGAAGUGCAUACCAUUGAAACGCAUUCACUAUUCAAAUCUUGUGAGUUCUGGAGAUCUCACUUAUCCAAGUUCUACUAAAGAGAUCAGAAGUUACCGGUGUUCUAAGCAUAAGGAGGACGAAUAUCUUACCGUUUCUGCUUUUGUUAUACGAAAAGGAAAGCGGCAGAGAAAUGUUGAGAACGCAGAAGAUAUUCACGUAAAUAAGCGAUAUAACUUCAGAAACAAUCAGGUAAUUGACUAUAUUGCUCUGAAUGAGGGAGAAGCAAAAAGAGAGAAAAUGAAACAUCCUCACAAGGACAGCUUUAUGAACUGUUUUGAGAAGUGGCAAAAUAAUUCAAACAUUAUGAGUGCUGCUGACUUUACUGCCAAAUUUGAUGACAUAAAAGAGCCGUAUAAGAUAAGCGACCCUCUAAAUAGCGGUGUAUAUGUACCAAAGAUGGAAACGCACGAUGGAUUUCUGACUGUUCAUGAUAUCACAGAAAUAAUCGGCGAGAAUUAUCGUGUUGACGUGAUGGACGUUCAAACGCAAAUGAAUGAGAGUUGGACCUUGGGUUCUUGGAAUGAAUAUUUUACAAACACCGAGCCAGAUAAUAGGGAUCGAAUAAGAAACGUUAUAUCAUUAGAAGUAUCGAAUAUCGAGGCCUUAGAGCUAGAAAGGCCCACAGUAGUGAGGCAGAAUGAUCUUGUUGAUCGAAUUUGGAGCUUUGAUAAACGAUUAGGACAGAACGAUAAAAAGAAGAAAGAAGAGGAUGACCCCAGACCAAAAGUGAAAAAAUAUAUCUUAAUGUCUGUAAAGGAUGCGUAUACAGAUUUUCAUCUUGAUUUUGCUGGUACGUCUGUUUAUUAUAACGUCAUCUCGGGAAGAAAGAACUUUUUAUUGUUUCCACCUACUCAAUUAAAUAUAGAGAAGUAUGUUGAGUGGUCUUUGGAAGAGCAUCAAAAUAGUGUUUUUCUUGGUGAUGUCCUUCAGGAUGGCAUUGCGAUGGAACUAAAUGCUGGUGAUUUGUUUAUGAUUCCAGCCGGAUAUAUCCAUGCAGUUUAUACACCAGUUGACUCAUUGGUCUUUGGAGGAAAUUUUUUGACCAUCCGUGACUUGCAGACUCACCUUAAAAUUGUCGAAAUUGAAAGAUUAACAAAGGUUCCUAAAAGAUUCACAUUUCCCAAGUUUAAUCAAGUGAUGGGUAAAUUAUGCGAGUUUCUGGUGCUUAACAAAAUUAACGCCACUGGUUAUGAUACUGAUGGGGAUUUAAUUACGAAGACAACUGACGCUGCGAUUCAAUCACUUUAUGUAUACCUUACAAAACCUGAAGUUAAGUACAGGCCUCUCAAUUUUACUUCAAGGAAACAAUUAGCGAAAGCUUUGGCCGAUCUUAUUUCCUAG